UUUCAGAAAAAAAACAACUUUUCUCCAAAUUUUAACGGCUCUAACAAUUACGUCUUCCUGGCAUCAUGUUGCACAGAUAUGCAGUAAAUUGCAGUCCCUGCUCUUAUCUUAGGCUCCAGAAGUUUGUAACACCACGCCCCACUUUAAACACUUUAAGGUCUACAUGCUUGUGUUUUGAGAUAAGAAAUGAGACCAUGCUUAUUUGCGUUUCCUUAUUCCUUCAUCCCAGCAGCAAAAGUGCUACGCAACACACAGACGUGUCCGCCUCAUGUGUCUCCCAGCGAAGAUUGGCAGUGUGCAGAGCGGAGAGGUGGAUGUGCGCUGGUGCAGAUUACCUCCUCUCUCCUCUCCUCCCCUCCACCGUCAGAUAGAGCCCUGCCCUGCCGACAGGCCGGCUAACCAUACAGAAAUCCCCGGAACUCUGAGACCUGGUGUGACAGAGGUUUUCUUUGUGGGAAGCCAGAUAAGAACAAUCCCCAGUGGAGCUUUUGCUGGAAACACUGAGCUUGAGAAAGUGGAGUUCAUGGACACAAACACAACAACUAUUGAGCUUGGAGGCUUUGAUGGUUUAAUAAAGCUGAGAAGUGUUGAGAUCUCCAAUAACCCUUUGAGGUCAGUGCCUCCUGGUUUGUUUAGAAACAACAACAACCUAGAGACAAUUAUCUUAAAGUUCAACAAGCUUCACAGACUUGAGAAAGGUUUGUUUGAUGGUCUAAAUAAGUUAGAAGAUCUGCAGCUACAUGGAAAUGAAAUUGAAUUCAUUGAAGACCAGACAUUUGAUGAUCUUGUCAGUCUUGAAAAGCUCAAUUUGGGUAAAAAUAAUCUCACUGCAGUAUCCACACACUGGUUCUCAAACCUGACAAAACUCAUCAAUAUACGGCUUUAUGAAAAUCAACUAACUACCGUUCCUGAGGAUCUUUUCAAGGACUUACCAAACUUACAAGAAAUCGUUUUGCAAGGAAAUCAGAUCAAUGAACUACCACCAAAUCUGUUUCCACAUAAAGAAAAGCUUGUUAAAUUGUUUUUGGAAAGUAAUCUUCUGACCAGUUUACCUGAAGAAUAUUUUGUUGGAUUCCCUAAGCUUAAAACAUUGACCCUCAAAAAGAAUCAGCUGAUAAGUCUGCCACCAGGGCUUUUUGGUGAAAUGCCUAAAUUGACUGAGCUAAGCCUCCAACAAAACAAUCUCAGUGCUCUUCCUAAGGGAAUCUUCAGCUCCUUGAAGAAUGUUAAGAAACUAGAUCUCUCUAAAAAUCAGUUUGUGAGCUUGUCUUCCGAUUACUUUGAUGGACCCGAGAAGCUCACUGAGCUUAAUCUACAAAACAAUAUGAUACAGUCAUUAGAUGCACAUGUGUUGGAAAACCUCCAAUUUGUGACCACAGUCAAGCUUGCCAACAACAGCCUUCGGACACUUUCAGGAGAUGUUUUUGAGUCUUUGACUAAACUCAAAAAACUUGACCUCAGUAACAACCCCUGGCAAUGUGACUGCAAUCUGAUAAAUUUUUAUCUCUGGAUAAAAAGCAAUGCUGAUAAGCUCAAACCGGAUGUGCACUGUGAGUAUCCAGAACAUAUGAAAGGACAGGAAAUCAAAAUGUUGACGGAGGAUCAGUUAGUUUGCCCCACCCGUCCACCCCCUACCACCACCUUACUGACCACAAUACCAACGACAGUCCCAACAACAAAACUAACAACCACUGUCACUACCACCACACUGCACACUACAACACCCACCACCACCUUAGCAACCCCCACACCCACAACUACACAACCAACCACCACCAUCCUCACAACCACAACAAUAGCAACCACAUCACCCACAACAACGCCAUCAACCACUGCUUCUUCCACCACGGUACUAACAACUACACCCACAACAGCUCAGAGCACAGUUAUGACGACAACCCUCACAACUACUGCUACAACAAUUACACCGACAACAACAUUGAUCACAACAUCGAUUAUGACAACCACUUCGACCACAACCCGACUAACAACUACACUCAUCAUCACAACAGACAACCCUACCACCGCACUGACAACUGCCCUGACAACUACAGCUUUAACAACUAAACUCACAACCUCUAUAAAAACAACAACACUUAUGACAACCACCACAUUAACAACGCCACCCACAACUAGACAAACUACCAUGACAACUAUUCUACCAACUACAACUACACUUACACCUACCACCACAGUGACGAAAACUACACCCACAACAAAAAUGCCGUCAACCACCAUGCUCGGGACAACCCUUCCAACAACUAUCCAAUCAGAGACUCCUACUACAUCAACCCCUUUUAUAAACCUUACCUGUACUCCAGAGUCAAACCUUUCCUAUGUUCAUCACAUCAGUAGAAAAGUUCAAGAGUGCAAAACAUGGACAAUGAUCUACAUCUCACUGCUUGUGGUGGAGAUCACUUGCACGCUGGUGCUGGCUCAGUUUACAGUUUCUCUUUACUGGCUGCUGCAGCACAGAGAAAUAAUAAAUCACAGACUCAUCAAACUCACUCACUUUUCCUACAGAAGAGAAGUAAUCCUGAGGCCUGUGCAGGAGGCAGAAACGCAAGGUGUUUUAAGAUCACUAUGAUGAUCAAUAGCCCAGCAGAGGUCAUUUGACCCUAAAAAAAAGCCUAAUUAAACCUGCUGUAACUUGCUAACAUCUCUUCAAAAUUUCUUGUUGAUUAUUAGUGGCUUCUCACAUAAAUUUGAAGUGUUUCACUGAUUGCAGAGGUUCUUAGAAAGCAAGUAAAACUUUUUUAAGUAAAAAAUGCUUUUGAGAGAUUGUUAUAUAUAUAUAUAUUUAUAUAACACAAACAAGUCAUAUAUAUAUGACUUGUUUGUGUGUAAUAGGUUAUGAUGAUUUAGUUUUUGCUUUAUGAUUUGAUUUUUGUAUUCAUUGAAUUAUCAUAUCACAUUAUCGACCAUAUUUGUAACAUCAUUCUUUUUUGUAAAGAACUCUGAUUUCUAUUUAUUAAAUGUUCAAUAUGAUCAAACUUUA